AUGGUUCCAGUACGGUAUGAAAACCAACAGCAUAACCUACUCGCACUUGUGGUCAAAGGUCAAGGUCCAAACCUGUUUGGCCGAGAUUGGUUGCGUGUAAUCAAAAUGAACUGGGCCUUAAUAUUCCAAAUAAAUGAAUGUCGUCCUUGCAGUGAAUUGAAGGAAUUUCUUGAAACCCACAAAGAGGUUUUAACCGAAGAAUUAGGUACUUUGGAAGGAACAACAGCAAAAAUCUAUGCAAAUCAAGAUGCACAACCCAAAUUUGUGAAGGCUCGGCCAAUUCCUUUUGCCAUGAAAAUUCCACUGGAACAAGAAUUAGAGAGACUAAAGCGAGAGGGAAUCAUAUCUCCAGUUGAAUUUUCAGAUUGGGCUUCGACAAUAGUGACAGUAGCCAAACCAGAUGGAUUGGUCCGCGUAUGUGGUGAUUACAAAGCAACAAUUAACCAAGCUUCGAAACUAGACAACUACCCAAUACCGAAGACGGAAGAUCUGCUUACAACCCUCAGUGGAAGCCAAAAAUUCACUAAGUUGGAUAUGUCACAAGCCUACCAACAGUUGCGGCUAGAUGAGGAGUCCAAGAAGUACACCACAAUUAACACUCAUAAGGGACUUUACCAAUAUAAUCGCUUACCUUUUGGCAUAUCCUCGGCUCCAGGUAUAUUCCAGCGGACACUAGAGAACUUACUUCAGGGUAUUCCAAGUGUCAUUGUGCGAGUUGAUGAUAUUCUUGUAGGCGGUAAAGACGAUGCAGAUCACCUAUCCAAUUUGAAUGCAGUGUUGACGCGACUGUCUGGAGCGGGCCUAAGAUUGAAGAAGAUCAAAUGUUGUUUCAUGGCAUCAGACGUGACAUAUUGUGGCUAUGGGAUAAACAAGAACGGAAUCCAUCCGGUGGUUGAAAAAGUCGAAGCCAUCGCUAAAGCACCAGAGCCAGAGAACAUUAACCAAUUACGAUCAUUUCUUGGAAUGCUAAACUACUAUCACAGAUUCUUACCAAAUGUGGCAACGAUCCUAGAGCCACUACACAGACUACUACGACAGGGAACCAAGUGGGAGUGGGGAGAAGAGCAAAAGGCGACAUUUGACUAUGCAAAAGAGCUCCUACAAUCAGCUGACUUACUCAUUCAUUUUGAUCCGACCAAGCCGUUAAUCUUAGCGACAGAUGCAUCGAAUUACGGAGUUGGGGCCGUUUUGUCACAUGUAUUUCCUGAUGGGACAGAAAAACCGAUAGC